AUGUCAGCAACUCUCAAGCAUCCAGCGCUUGGGGAAAUCAAGGGAAACCAAAGAGAUGGAGUCGCACAGUUCUUAGGUCUCAAGUACGCUUCGAUAAAAGACCGAUUUGCUCCGCCUGAGUUGGCGGGUAGUUAUGGUCCUGGAAACACAGAUGCCACCAAGUUUGGGCCUCCUCCAGUAUCGCCAGCUGGCUCCAUUCAUGCAGAAUUUAGCUUUAUCCAACAGUCCCUGCCGUUACCAGAGGUUCCAGCACAGUCAGAUCGUGAAGGUCUGAAUCUUAACAUUACUGUACCUACAGACAAAAGUGGUUCCAUCGACCCAAAUGCAAAGCUACCAGUCUACGUUUUCAUCCAUGGAGGUGGAUUUGCAGUUGGAAGCGGCUGGUAUCCGCAAUAUGACCCGGCUCCUAUCGUGAAGAUGUCCGUUAACAUGAAGAAGCCUAUAAUCGGCGUCACUAUCAAUUACCGAUUGGGUGUAACGGGAUUUCUGACAUCAGCCGAAUUACGAAAAGCUGGAUACAAAGCAAACAACGGCCUUCAUGACCAGCGUACUGCACUGCAGUGGGUUAGUAAAUUCAUAGGUGGCUUUGGUGGCGAUCCCGACCAGAUCACAGCGUGCGGAGAAAGUGCUGGAGGCGCAUCUGUGAUAUACUUACUGGGCUCCAAAGAGCCAUUGAUGAAGCAAGGUCUUAGUACUGGGGGAACACCGCUCCUCGUUCUACCCAUCCCAGAAUCCGUGGCUGAGUCCGCCUACCAAAAUGUCAUUGAAGCAUUUGGGCUCGCAGAACUGUCUCCAGAAGAUCGCAUCAAGGCUCUCUUGGCCUUGCCAGUCGACGAUCUUUGGCAAAAGGCACCACCAUCAGCGCCUAUGAUGCCUUCCAUUGACAAUAAUACAGUACCUGGCUUCCCUGAUUUCUCAACUGUUUCAUCUCAAGAAGACAAGCCUAAUUUCCUGCUGCCUGGCCGAAAAUGGUGCAAAGCCUUAAUGCUAGGAGACUCGAAGCUCGAUGGCAAUAUCUUCGCAUUCACCACGCUAGAUGCCCGUAAGCCUGGCAUUGCCCAAGCAUUCAUCAACUCUUGCAACAGAACAUUGUCUGCCCAACCAGAAGUAGCUACAGAAUUACUUGCAGCUUACAACAUCACUGCCUCCACUUCAGACGACGAAGCAAUCCUCGCCUUCGUACGCUUCGCGUCUGAAAUUUGCUUUUACGCUGCCUCACGUGCAUUUGCUCAGGGUUGGCCAAAUACCCCCGAAUCGAAACUCUUCCUUUAUCACUUCAACGAGGGUAUACCUUGGGAAGGUCGGUUCAAAGGCGAAGCCGGCCAUAUUCUCGACGUAACGUAUCUGUUUCAAAAUUUCAACGAACAUUUGGAUGAUGCGCAACUUAAGGUAGCCAAGGAAUACGGAGCAGACUUUAUCAAAUUCAUCAAUGGUGAGAACCCGUGGCCGCCGGUGCAGCAGGACAAGCUGAGCGCGAAGGUAUAUGGGCCGAGUGCCGACGGCGUGACAAGUAGGUGGGUGCCAGAUGGUGCCCCCACAAAGAUUGGGCGAGACGAACACGUAUUGAAGAUUGCAGAGAAGAUUGGGUUCGACGCAGUACUAAAGGUUUUUUCUGACUAUUUUCAAAAUAAGUAG